AUGUCAGACGUAGAAUCGGUCGAAAGCCUCGAAGAAGAGCGGGAAAAACUGUCCUCUUUCAUAACUUUCGCUUCCGCCGCUUUACAGUCACGGCGACCAGACCCGCCGGCGGUAGCCAAGGACCACUCCAACCAAACCCUCCGCAUCCUACAGCAUGUUACUACCCUUUUGAACACCGGAAAUAUUCAUAGAAACAACUCCUCUCGUACCAUUACUAUAACGGCGAAUGUCCGGCGCCAGUUCAUCGACGUUCUCAUUGUCGCUAGUGAGGAUGCAGGCGAGAAAGCAUCUUCGUGGCCGAUAUCAUUGAAACAGCUAAUACCGACGGCGAGUGGCAAGGAGUUCCUCAAACGAUGGUCGGAGCCGGAACUAGAGUACGCCUUACUCAACACGUUCUCGCUGAUCAGAACCAAGUAUAUCGAAGCCACGGAGGCACGUAUCGACCACACCAAUUGUUACCUAUACAUCAUCAACCAUGCAUUUCGUAAGAUUGCGGCACGCAUUCUCAAAGGCGGGCAGAUCUGGGAGAAACACCCUAUGGAUACGCUUGCAGGUUACGGCGUAUCUGACCUCUGCGAACGACUUAGUUUACCCAAAGCGAUUGAAGCCUCCGAUAUCAUACAUGGCUGGCUCAGAGAUCACUACAAUGUUCUCCCUCUGGACCAAGGGACGCCUGCCGCUAGCUCCAGAUACGCUACCUAUCUAGUGACUGCAGACACUGUCGGCCAAUGGAUCAAAGCUCUUACGAACACCUUCGCUAGCCUGAGAGGCGUUUUUGUCACUGACGAAAACUGUAUAAAGGAACCCGCAGAGAACGAGCGGAGAUGUGUCGAGGGUCUUAAGCAUCUGCUUAUAUUUCAGGCAUUGUUACGGUGCCACAUCCUCGAUUUUCUCCUGUCCGAUGGAACUCUUGCGGCAAAAAUGGGGAUGAAACCAUUUGGACAAGUGAAAGCUGCGGACCUCGGUCGGUUUGGGCCUGGUGGAGAAGCGACCAACGAAGACGAAGACCAUGUAUUCGCCGACGAUCUUAUGUCCGCCACAUCACGCAAUCCCAUUAUCCACUACUUAAAUUCAAUCGUCGCAUGGCCCGCGGCCGUAGAAUGUCUUCAAGUUGUCGGCAAAUCCAUUCCAUUACCUAUACGCGCACAUAUUAUCACUGUUCCUCAUUCUGUCGCCUCCACCACUGACGGUCUCGCGACCGAAUUCAAGGCCCGAAUCCUAAAAGACACUCGCUUGCGGCAUCUGGAUCAAGCUUUGUUGAGCACCGCUCUAGACGAUCGUCUGAGGAACCGAUCCGAGGAAUCAACGAUACAUGCGGAAGCAGUCAUGAUGACUCUUUCUCGCUCGUUCUCGUGGACCGACGUCUCAAAGGAGUCACAAAUGCAACUGGGUAUUGACGAAAACGGACGAAACAAACUUCUUGAUAUGUUUCAGGCUGAGCAGACUCCGAUAGCCGUCAGCAAGAGAUGCUGCUGGUGCUGUUGGCAGCUAUAUCAAUACUAUCAACCCGCCUACCUAAGACACCCACCAGGCGUCUGUCCUCCUCCCAAACUCCUACUUUUCGGGACCCACUCGACAAUACAUCAAUGGUCUCCACCGCAUUUCGGAGUCCCGAUAGACUUCCUUCGCAAACUAGCCUAUGGACUGGAGAGGAUAUUGGUUGAUAAUCUCAAGGAGGAAGCCGAACUGGAUAGUGACAAUCCCGAGCCAUCGUCGCCAGACGAUUUCUUCCUCUGUACGACACUAGACGAUCUUGACAAAUUUCUCGAAGAUUGUGAGGAGUAG